AUGGAGAUAUUUCCAGCUGUUCAACUCUCCGACCGCCAAUGCACAGUAAACUUUCUAGAUUUCGUCUCCAGCGUCCCUCUCUCCCCUCUCUUUUCGUUUGUUCCGCUCCGCGACUGUCUCCUCACGGGCAGCGAAAGGGACAAUGCUUUUCCCCUCCGGCCUUCCAAAGGCCCAGGCCGCGUGCCGGCCAUGGAUCAGAUGGAGCAACAGUCGUCGUCAUCCGGCAUCAUCACGGGCAUAGACGAUGGAUCCUAUCCCCCCACAGUUCCGCCGUUGCGUGUGCAUUUUGUCAACUCCUGA